GCAGCUGGUGAUGCUGGAACAAACAUGGCCGCCCGGGCGCCCGUCGGCCCCUUGGGCUCCAGCUGUCCUCGGCGGGUCGCGGGCUUCUGGUUUCUUUCGCUACUGGGGUUGCUGCAGCUACUGGCGGAGCCCAGCCUGGGCCGCGUUCACCACCUGGCGCUCAAGGACGACGUGAGGCACAAGGUUCAUCUGAACACUUUUGGGUUCUUCAAGGAUGGCUACAUGAUGGUCAAUGUCAGCAGCCUUUCGGUGAGGGAGCCGGAGGGAGCUAUGGACAAGGAUCUCAUGAUCGGAUUCAGCCUGGACCGCACAAAGAACGAUGGAUUUUCUUCUUACCUGGACGAAGAAGUGAAUUACUGUAUUUUAAGGAAACAGUCCGUCUCUGUCCCCCUUCUAAUCCUAAACAUCUCCAGAAGUGAAGUGAAAUUAAAAUCUCCACCAGAAGCGGGUAUCCAGUUACCGAAAAUCAUCGUCGGCAAGGAGGAGAAAGCCCUUGGCCAGAGCCAGGAGGCCGGAGGUAGCUCCGAUUCAGUGGGCAGCCAGACCGAGAAAAAAGAGAGUGGGAAGUCUAAAAGAAGUACAGUGAAUUCAAAGGUGAUGGAAGAGAAAUCUUUUUCUGUUCAUAAUAAAGAUGGAGCAGUUUCAUUUCAGUUUUCCUUUCACAUCAGCACCGAUGACCAAGAAGGCCUCUACAGUCUUUUUUUCCACAAAUGCCUUGGACCCAAAGUACAGUCUAACGACAAGUUUUCCUUCAGCCUUGAUAUUGAGAUCAUAGAGAAGAAUCCUGACAGCUACCUCUCAGCAGGAGAAAUUCCUCUCCCUAAAUUAUACAUUUCUAUGGCCUUUUUCUUUUUCCUUUCUGGGACCAUCUGGAUUCACAUCCUUCGAAAACGACGGAAUGAUGUGUUUAAAAUUCACUGGUUGAUGGCGGCCCUUCCUUUCACCAAGUCUCUUUCGUUGGUGUUCCACGCGAUCGACUACCACUACAUCUCCUCCCAGGGCUUCCCCAUUGAAGGCUGGGCCGUGGUAUACUACAUCACUCACCUUUUGAAAGGGGCCCUGCUGUUCAUCACCAUUGCGCUCAUCGGCACCGGCUGGGCUUUUAUUAAGCACAUCCUUUCCGAUAAAGACAAAAAGAUCUUCAUGAUUGUCAUCCCGCUCCAGGUCCUGGCGAACGUGGCCUACAUCAUCAUCGAGUCCACCGAGGAAGGGACCACGGAGUACGCCCUGUGGAAGGACUCUCUGUUUCUGGUGGACCUGCUGUGCUGCGGGGCCAUCCUCUUCCCAGUGGUGUGGUCAAUCAGGCAUUUACAGGAAGCAUCCGCAACAGAUGGAAAAGCUGCUGUUAACUUAGCCAAGCUGAAACUUUUCAGACAUUAUUACGUCUUGAUUGUGUGUUACAUAUACUUCACCAGGAUCAUCGCAUUUUUCCUCAAAUUUGCUGUCCCGUUCCAGUGGAAGUGGCUCUACCAGCUCCUGGAUGAAAUGGCCACGCUGGUGUUCUUCGUCCUCACCGGGUAUAAGUUCCGCCCAGCAUCAGAUAACCCCUACCUGCAGCUUUCUCAGGAAGAAGACGACUUGGAAAUGGAAUCUGUCGUGACAACGUCCGGGGUGAUGGAGAACAUGAAGAAAGUCAAGAAGGUGACCAACGGCUCAGUGGAGCCCCAGGGCGACUGGGAAGGCACCGCGUGACGGAGCUCCUGUGAGGCGGCCCGUCAGCGACGGCGCUUGACUUAUUGACAGUGCUGCUGGCGGGGGCGGGGGCAGCGGCCCUCCCAGCAGUGACCCCACAGAGCACGUGGCUGGGAGCAGAGUGCCAGGAAACCUGAUUUUUUACUCUCUUUGGCAGAAACUGGUUCUGCGGCUGGUCAUAGGCAGCUGGAAUUCUCCUUCAGGUGGGACGGUGGGGAGGGAGUGUAGCCAAGAGGAGAAUAAAAGGAAGACUUUGUUUUGAUUUUUUA